GUUUUCAGACCUAGACAGUAGACACGUUGAGGCAUUUUCUGAGCGUAAAUCAAAUCAAAUCUACCACAAGGAAAGUAAAACUAAAAAGAUUAUCUUUUUUUCUCCUUUCAGCAUAAUUGGCAGUGUAGCGCGCCCUUAACUUUAGUAGCUGCGGGAAACUGGGAGUGGGAAGUAAAGGGUCAGGAAUAUUGUGGGUGGGGAUAACCCUUUUGGGAAAAAAAAAUCACGUGUUUGAAGAUCAAAAGAGGUCCGCUUUAUAGGACUAGAAAUAACAGCGGGCGAGGGAAGUGCAAAAGAAGCGAGGCGCCUCGCAGAUGACAAGUCUGUGAGGGAGCAAAUAAGUGCGUUUCCGUGCAUUUCUCGCAGUUUGCUCGUCGGUUUUUUGCGAUCUCUUGAGUUUUCGUAAGUGCUCAGAUUGAGUCAGGGGCAUUCCCCAAGCAAGUGGGAAUUAUGUCUCGAUCGGCGUCGACUCGCACGGCACUAUGAUGACUUCUCCGCGGAGCGAUCCAGUGGCCUUCCUGAUCCUGGUGACCGUGGCGGCUUCAAGAAGCGCCUUUGCCAAGGACACCGCCUUCGUGGAAGUGGUUCUGUUCGAGUCCAGUCCCAAUGGGGAUUACACGACUUACACUACGGGUCUGCAAGGUCGUUUCUCCAAAGCUGGAGCCACUAUCAGUGCAGAGGGCGAGAUCGUACAGGUCCACCCCCUGGGUCUCUGCAACGGCAACAACGAGGAGGAUCUCCAUGAUUACGGCUGGGUGGGUGUGGUCAAGCUGGAGCAGCCUGAGCUGGACCCUAGCUGCCUCACAGUCCUCGGGAAGACCAGGAGAGCUGUCCAGAGAGGGGCCACCGCAGUCAUCCUGGAUGUGUCUGAGGACCCUGGUGCCAUUGACCAGCUGGACCAGGGCUCGGACAUCCCCCUGAAGAGGCCGGUGGUGUUUGUGAAAGGGGGUGAUGCGGUGAAGCUCAUGAACAUCGUCAACAAGCAGAAGGUCGCCCGUGCCAGGAUCCAACACGGACCGCCCCAGCAGCCGGCCGAGUAUUUUGACAUGGGCGUUUUCUUGGCCUUCUUUGUGGCGGUGUCCCUCGUCUGCCUCCUCCUGCUCAUCAAGAUCAAGCUCAAGCAGCGGAGAGCCCAGGGGUCGGUGAACAGGGCGGCCAUGCAGGCUCUGGAGAAGAUGGAGACGCGUCACUUCAAGGCCAAGGGUCACCGAGACUCGAUCUGCGGCAGCUCCGCCUCCGAUUGUGCCAUCUGCCUGGAGCGGUACCUCGACGGGGAGGAGCUGCGGGUGAUCUCCUGUGCCCACAGGUUCCACAGGAGGUGUGUGGACCCCUGGCUCCUGCAGCACCACACCUGUCCUCACUGCCGGCGCAACAUCAUCGAACAUCAGAAAGGAAACUUUAGUUCUGCCUGCAUCAACUCGGGGGUCCCACCGCAUGGUCGUCGUCAGAGAGUGAUACUCCCGGCCCACCACCCAGGCCGCGUGCACCGCACCACCCCUGGAUACCCCAACUCCAGUGCCGCAGGUCUCCGUGGCAGCCUGGCGCCCACAGGGACACCGACGGGUGGGCGGGCCGAUCGCGCACUGUACGCCCAACGGUUUUCCGCCACCUUCCGUGGCUGCCCCCCCAUUCGGCAAGCAGGUGGGGCCUCCUCCCGGCUCCCGGCGGACUACUCCCAGCCUGCAGGAGUCUGCGUCCAGCCCGCUGGGGCAUACCACCAGCCUUCAGCCUACUCGUCCACCUUCAGGCGUUCCAGGCUUCAUGCUCGCUCUUUUCCCAGAACUCCCUGUGUCUCCCCAAACGACACUAUGUACCAGCACUACUUCUACCAAGGGUUAACUUUCCCCCAGGGUCCGAGCAGUCCUGGGGCUGAACAGGUCCUCCCAACAUCCAGCCCCAUUUGCCCCGCGCUGCUCCACACAGACUUUGCCCUCGGCAUCCAUUCCUGCCUUGGCCCCGCCCAUACCUGCUACCAUGGCAACCAGUCAGUAUGCAGCGGUUACCUGGGAGAUGGGCCUGGCAGUGACAGUAGCAGUGGUGCCCGGUGUGGAGGUGGCCGCUCCUCCUCCAGCGACUCGAUGCUGGACUCCACGGAGAUCAGCAACCGGGCCGUGUUUGGUAGCUGCUCCACCUUUCGCAGCUCGCUGAGCAGCGACUACGACCCCUUCGUUUUCCGCAGUGGGAGUCUUGGCGGGAGUGCGGGGUUGGACAUGAGGAACGGUAGCCCCCCCACCCAGCAUGGGCGGCCAGGGUCCCCUUCUCAAAGGCGACAAGACCUGCUCACCCAGUGCACUUUUGACGUCGACAGGAGAAGCUGUAGUUCAAGUGAACCAAUGGAAAGAAAUGGUACUACACCAUCUGGGGCUGUAGAGGGCGCCAGAGUGGACUCCCGUGCUGUGGUUCAGGAUGACCGAGGUAGUCACACUGUGGCCUGUGGCUGCCAUCUCAAGAUCCUGCCUGCUGCCGCUAAAGAAAAACAUUAUCAACUUGGAGAGGCUACGUUUUUGGAAAUGGUUGAUGAACAGCGCAUCCAGGGUUUGUUGACCCAAACUUCCCAUGCAAGUGGCCCAUGUAACGACGGUCUUGUGGAUCAGGCAGACGCAGAGGACCAGCCCUGUGGCUGUUCCACGGAGGACCAUCUUGGUUGGGACAGCGGCCAGUGCUGCUGCGUCCACCUCAGGACCACCUCUGACCAGGCCCGGGCCGGCACAGGCAGAACAGAGAACUUCUGCAGACCGGGUUGUCAGGCCCACAGAACACCACAGCACCUAGACCCCCUCAGGCACCCUCCUGCAGAAAGGGAGGGGAAGGAGCUAGCUGGGGUGUAUCAUGCCGUGGGGAGCGAUGGAGAUUCAGCAUGCUCUCGGAACAUGUGUCCCGGCCAGCAGGGGGAGCCCAAGGCCUGCUUCCCCACGUGACACAGCCCCUCAGUGCUGCUGGUUAAUGUAGACAGUGUAUGGAGAGGCCACGCCCACUCGCUUUAUCCCAGGUGCAUGUUCUACCUCAUUACGCAUGAGUACCCAGCAUGCCUUGGUCUGGGGCCUCCUUCAGAGUCGGGAUCCCAAAAUCCUGUGGGCCCAUUGUGAACUUGCGCAUUUGUACACGACAAGCUUAGAAUGUACCAUGAGCAUCUAAUUUCUUUGGAAUGUAGUACUUAAUACUCAAGAUUGUAUAGUUAUGCAAAUAUCGUACAUAUUUUUUUGCUAUUUUUUUAUCCGAAGCAAAGAUGUUAAAUAUUUUAAAUUAUAGUGCCUAGUCUCAGGGGCCAUGGUGGUGCAGUGGUUAGCACUGUUGCCUCACACCUCUGGGACCCGGGUUCGAGUCUCCGCCUGGGUCACGUGUGUGGAGUUUGCAUGUUCUCCCCGUGUCGUCGUGGGGUUUUCUCCAGUUUCCCCCCACAGUCCAAAAACAUGCUGAGGCUAAUUGGACUUGCUAAGUUGCCCAUAGGUGUGUGUGUGAGUGUUCCCUGCGACGGGCUGGUCCCCCAUCCUGGGUUGUUCCCUGCCUCGUGCCCAUUGCUUCCGGGAUAGGCUCCGGACCCCCCCGCGACCCAGUAGGAUAAGCGGUUUGGAAAAUGGAUGGAUGGAUGCCUAGUCUCAGUAUUCCCUCUUGACAUUGUGGUUCCUGCCCAUCGUCGAACAGGUGGAUACAUUUUUGGUAGCCCCACACGUUCCAUGCAAACUUGAAGCUGACCAGGAAGAGAAGUGGGAGCAAAGGAUUAUGGGAGCAGCAUGGGAAAUGCAGGCUCUUCCAUCCUGAGAACCGUUCUGCCCUCCUCCAGGGUGAAACUUUCUCUUUCUUUCUUUCUGGUACCUCGCAGAAAUUCACACCCUGCCGAUGCUUCUGAAUGUUGUAUUGAUUACGCAUGAUAGGCACUUCUUUGCCCAGUUGUUGCAGCAUAACAAUUUUAAUUGCAAUAGGUAAAGCUGAGCUUGUCUGCAUAUAUUCAAAGCAAAGGCUCGAACUGAACUACGUUACUUGCAUGAGUUUUCGGAGCUGGUUUGUAGCGACUGCCCUCUGGAGAAUUUAUCCUGCUGUUGGCAUGUUGGCAUUACCCAGGUAUGAAUGUGUGUAUAUAGAAUUUUAUGAAAUUUUCAUUUAAUGCUUGAACCACGGCACCUUCUCCAUCGAUGGGCUUUUAGACAUUCUAUCUAUUUAUGAUGUAUAUUUUGAUAUAAUGUUUUGGCUACAUAUUUUUAUGUAACGAAAUUUCUACUGUUUUGUGCAAAUAUGGCGUGGAGGGUGGUUGGCAUCCCAGGUGGCAGUAAGGUCUACUUCACUAAGACUGUUGGAGAUGCUUGUCUGGCACAUAAUGGCAACCAGCUCACGUGAGACCCAGGGGGGGCUGUAGGUACUUAGGAAAGAAUGUGUCUUUCCACCCCUCGGACCUGACUGCUGUAUUUGGAGCUGCAGACUUGGUUUCCCAUGGAAACCAGACAAGUAAAUAAACGUAGGCUUAGUGGUUACUGCUGUGUUCAUGAGUUAUCUUGCUGCAUAUCUGGACUGAACGGAGGUCCUUAUCCCUUUUAGGCAACUGAAGCGCUCACAUUUUAUUUAAGUGGAGAUCCGGCAAAACCUGGAAUGAAAAUACCUAGAUGCUAAUUAACAUUACCUGGCUGGUUCAAUAUUAAAAAAUGUAUACUGUAAAUUGGCAACAUGACGAAAUCAUUCACACCAGCAAAAACCAGUUAAAAGAAAGAAAAACAUGAUACAGAAACCUGUGGAUCCUGUGAUUCUCGUAAGACAGAAUUUCACCCCCUUGGGGGGGGGGGGGGGGGGGGGGGGGUUUGGUAUUUGUCUGAUUUGUUUUCUAUUUUUCAGCACUUCAUGUAUAAAUGUCAUAAACAUUUAAAUGUUUAUUGUGUUAUGUGCAUCAGUCUUUAUGCAUAUGCCAAACAUCUAAAGAACCUGUGUUGUAUUUGCUAUUUUAUUUUAUUCAUGCCCUGUCUUUGAGUGAUGUAAUUAAUGUGUACACAAAGAUUGCGUUUGACCAAAAAUGGUGCAUAUUUUUUAAUCUGAUGUAAAAUUGGUACCUAUUUUGGGAUGUAUAGGGGAAAAAAUAUUUUUUGAUGGAUCCAGUGUUUUAAGAAUUAAAUGCACUGUCACAUUCUA